AUGGCUCAAGAAGUUCCAACAUUCAAAUUAGUUUUAGUCGGUGAUGGUGGUACCGGUAAAACCACUUUUGUCAAGAGACAUUUAACUGGUGAAUUUGAAAAAAAAUAUAUUGCUACUUUGGGUGUUGAAGUCCAUCCAUUAGGUUUCCACACCAACUUUGGUGAAUUGAAAUUCGAUGUCUGGGAUACUGCUGGUCAAGAAAAAUUCGGUGGUUUAAGAGAUGGUUACUAUAUUAACGGUCAAUGUGGUAUCAUUAUGUUUGAUGUUACUUCCAGAAUCACUUACAAGAAUGUUCCAAACUGGCAUAGAGAUUUAGUUAGAGUUUGUGAAAACAUCCCAAUUGUCUUGUGUGGUAACAAAGUCGAUGUUAAAGAACGUAAAGUUAAAGCUAAGACCAUCACUUUCCACAGAAAGAAGAACUUGCAAUACUACGAUAUUUCUGCUAAAUCUAACUACAACUUUGAAAAACCAUUCUUGUGGUUGGCUAGAAAAUUGGUUGGUAACCCACAAUUGGAAUUCGUUGCCUCUCCAGCUUUGGCUCCACCAGAAGUUCAAGUCGAUGCUGAUUUGAUGCAAAAAUACCAACAAGAAAUGGAACAAGCUACCGCCUUGCCAUUGCCAGAUGAAGAUGAUGCUGAUUUGUAA